GACCGGGGUGAAACUAAAAUAAUCAGGACCAGAUCGUUCCAAAUAUCAUAAUUGUCACUUUAGGUUCAUAAUCAGCUUCAGAAUUGUCAUCUGUGGAGAAAAACAAAAGGUGGUAAACUAGAUUGAUGUUUUGCACCCAACAGUUUAUAGCACCAUAGAAGUUAACAUACAUUCCAAAAGCCCAGAAUUUAGAAAGGCAACUUCUGUUUUAUUUUUCUAGAUAUUUUUCAAACACACCAUCAUCACAAUAUUGAUGUCUAAAGACAGUCUUGAGAUUAAAUAACAUUAUUCCCAGAUCUGAAAAGCUGUGUGCGCUCUUGACCAGUGUCAGUAGUUUAAAAGUUAUCUUGUGUUGCUAUUUCUUUGUUUUUUUUUUCUUUUGUGAAAAUAUAAUAGUUCUUGGAGGGAACUUUUUGAAUAUCAGGGUUUUACUCAUUAAUAUAAAGGGAACACCAGAUUCCAGCUCAUUCAGUAACCACUCUUCCAUCACUUCAAUAAACCCGUCAUGGGAUCUGCUGGCAUUGAAAGUUGUGUAAUCAUAAGCUUGCAUAGCAUGACUGUGCAAAGUGCAACUUCAGGUGAAAUGGUGAAAUAAAAAGCAUAAAACCAUUGCAGCAAAAGAACCACAAACACUGUAAACCAAAAUAGUUGGGUUUUUUUGUAGGAAAAAGGCUUUUUUCAUAAAAAUUAAGUAUGUUAAGACAAACCUCACUUCUAUUUAGAAUUAACAUUGCACAUUCAAAGUGUAUCAUCGUGCCAUUAUCAAUAUAUUACUUGAAAAUGGUCAACAUUAUCAUUUAUCGCAAUAAUUACUGGGAAAAUUUAUUGUCCAGCAAAAUAUAUUAUCAUUUCAGGUUUAGCUAAAAACAGUCUUAAGAUUAAAUAACAGUAUCCACAGAUCUGAAAAGCUGUGUGCGUUCUUGACCAGUGUCAGUAGUUUCCAAGGUAUCUUGUGAUGCUAUUUCUUUGUUUUUUUUCUUUUGUGAAAAUAUAAUAGUUUUUGGAGGGAACUUUUUGAAUAUCAAUGUUUUACUCAUUAAUAUAAAGGGAACACCAGAUUCCAGCUCAUUCAGUGACCACUCUUUCGCCAAAAGAGUGGUCAAGGACAAGGAAGCAUUUGUAAGCUUCCUUGUCACUGUUCAGUUCUGAAUGGUGGUGAUUCAGAAAUAUGUCCUUGUUCAUUUGUUGUUUGUGAGCAGAACUAGAGUUUAACCAUAAAUAAACUCUCGACAUAAAUGUAUAUUCUAAACAUUUGCUCACACUGUAAAAUUAAGUCCUAGCAGCUUACAGUGUGUAAAUUAACCCGACUAAUAAAUGUUGGUAGGUUUUAUGACGUAGUUUAUAAUUUGUUUGAUUAGUUGAUGGACAGGUUAAAGAAGUGUUUCUUUGAUUACAGAUCUGCCAUUUUGGAUAUGAUUAAUCUAUCCUAAGUAAACAGACACUUACCACAAGCUUUUAAGUUUGUCUUGCUAAUCGAAAUGCAUCCGAGGAAGAAACAUGUCCUGCUCAUCUUGCUGCUUCUGUUGUCCAGCAAGGCGGAGGAGCUGGAUCCGGUUAGCACCACUAUAGCAGUGGGAAUGGCUGUUGGCGCUGCUGGUGUCACAGGAUUUUUAUCGACUAGCAUUUUCUACUACUUCAAAGAGAGCUGCCGACCCGUUUGGAUAUCCUUCAACAGUACAAGACUCAAGACGGACCUGGACAACAUGCUGUUCGGACAGCACAUUGCAUCCCGCAUCAUCUUAAAAGCUGUGAACGGCUUCAUGAGCAACACGAACCCGAAGAAGCCCCUGGUGCUCUCUUUCCAGGGGUGGACCGGCACCGGGAAGAACUUAGCGAGCCAGUUCAUCGCCGAAAGCAUUUACAGCAAAGGAAUGAAAAGCCGCCACGUCCACUUGUUCACAUCCACUUUUCACUUCCCACAUAAACAUAUGAUUAAUACAUACAAGUCUCAGUUGCAGCAGUGGGUCAGAGGCAAUGUGACCAACUGUGAGCGUUCCUUGUUCAUCUUUGACGAGAUGGAUAAGAUGCACCCAGGCUUGAUUGACAGCAUUAAGCAGUACCUGGAAUACUAUGACAAUCUGGAUGGGGUUUCUUAUGGGAAGUCCAUCUUCAUCUUCCUCAGCAACGCAGGAGGACAGGACAUCACUAAUACGGCUGUAGAAUUCUGGAAGGCGGGAAAAGGUCAAACAGAGAUCACACUCAAAGACCUGGAAAAAACACUCUCGCUGUCUGUGUUCAAUGACCAAAAUGGGGGCUUCUUUCACACGAGUUUGAUCGAGAAGAAUCUGGUGGAUUUCUUUGUUCCUUUCCUCCCUUUGAAGGAAAUACACGUAGUCCGGUGCGCCAUGGCCGAGAUGAAAGCCAGAAACCUCAGACCAAACCGCGAAGUGGCGAACAAGGUGGCCAGAGAUAUGAUCUAUUUCCCUAAAGAUGAAAGAGUGUUCUCUUCCACAGGUUGUAAGACGGUAAAGCACAAACUAAACUUCUACAUAUAGAUGUGCGCAUCUGAAGGGCAUGAGAAUGAGACACUAUGUGAUGUGACGGAUGUGAACGAACAGGAAGUAGCUGCCUUGCAUCUUUGUUUUUAUUGGAAGGAAUUUUGCACUUAAGCAGCUCUUUAUUUACCUCAAUAAAUGACCAGAGCUGUUAAAUCUCAUGGCACACUGCUAAAAAUUGCACAAGUGAAAUUAAAUGUCAUAACAAGAUUUGUUUUUAAGAAACUCAGGAUUGUCAUCUCAUCAUCAUCAACUCUGAUUGUCUAAAUGGAAACAGUCUUUGUGUUUAUGCUUCCCAAUCAAAGCACUACAUUAUGUGAAAUAUAUAAGGUAAUUCUCAAAAGCAGGUUUUUGUUAUGAAGCACAACCAUAACCAUGAUAAUCACUUUAAAGCAUUUUUCACUUCUUCUUAUGAACAUGUACAAAGCAGAACACAUUGUAAUCAUAUUUUAGAGGGUAAAUAUGGGAAUGCAUUAAGUUGGACUUUGACCUGAAACUUCUGUAAUAAAAUAUUGUUAAUAUGGAAAUUCAUUGAAUUUUUCAGCACAUAUCACUCUUUUUCCUAAGGUCAUGCAGCUCUAGUAGAGAAGUAAAUAAAUCACUGAAAUUCC